AACCUUAAACUCUUAAAACUUAAAAAGACUUCUCACAUGGCAACCAAUCCAAGUUCUUCAAGCCAAGGCUUCCAGAGAGACUGUCGUGAGAUUCACGAUUCAAAGGGACAACUAAAUUAUUUGGUACGUACCUUGGCUUGCCGAACGCAGCUUGAAAGACAACAACUGAGAGAAACUUACAUGGCCAUGUAUGGUGAAGACCUAUUAUAUCGUCUCCAGAAGAUGACUCAAGUGACCAACCAAAAUAAUGAGAUAUAUGAACUCUUGUCCCUGUGGAUGCUUGAGCAAUGUGAGCGUGAUACUAUUGUGGCCAAUGAUGCAAUUGAGCUUAGAGAAACCAAUUACAAGGUACUCAUUGAAAUAUAUGUGGGUCGGAAAUCAAGUCAUAUUCACCUUGUCAAACAAGCUUAUCAAGCUAAGUUUAAGAGGCAGUUGGAACAAGAUAUCAUCAGCUCUGAGCCCCCUAACUCUUAUCAGAAGAUUCUGAUUGCAUUGUCUACAUCGCAUAAGUCACAUCACGCAGAUGUUAGUCAGCAUGUGGCCAAGUGUGAUGCCAGAAGGUUCUAUGAAACAGGGGAGGGAAGGAUAGGAGCCAUGGAAGAAUCUGUUGUGUUAGAGAUACUCAGCAAGAGGAGCAUUCCACAGCUCAGGCUAACAUUCUCAUGUUAUAAGCACAUUUAUGGACAUAGUUAUACAAAGUCACUCAAGAAGGAGAUCUCGGGAGAAUUUGAGGACGCACUAAGAGUUGUUGUAGAGUGCAUGUGCUGCCCACCUCCAUACUAUGCGAAGACUUUAUUUGCAAGCAUCAAUGGUUCCAAGACAGAUAAGAGCACUUUGGCACAUGUUAUCGUGAGCAGAGCUGAAAUAGACAUGGAUGAAAUUAAAGUGAUCUUCAAGAAAAAGUAUGGCAUAGAGCUGAAGGAUGCCAUCAGUGAGAAUGUCCCAAGUGGGAAUUACAGAGACUUCCUUGUGGCCUUAGUUACUAGAUGAGUUCUGAAUUUCUUGUAUAAUAGAGUGAA